AUGGUAUUGGACACCAGUAAAAACCCCCUGAAACACAUGGAACUGUUACUGCAUCAAGUCUACAUGCCCCUGCUCUGCGGCGAUUCAGCCAUGACCCACACUCUGGGGCUGAAUGCUGAUAGGUUGUUGGAUGUAUCGCACAGACUGAUGGGUCAACUAGAGAUGAUCAGAGGUCACGUUAAGGGGCUCAGCAAGACGACACCAUCAGCUGCACUUACGGCUGCAGUUAUCCACGUGUUGGAAUCAACUGUGAUUGGUUGGAUCAAACAGGUUAAGGUUGUGCUGAAGCAUGAUCCUCUUGCCGAGCUGCAGAAGCACGGCCCUGGAGCUGGUGUUUAUCAGGAAGAGGCUGCGUGGGAGAAACACAUUCAGAACCUGCACUCCCUAAACGCCCAGCUGGAUUCAGAGAAAGCUCGGGAAAUCCUUACCAACCUGGAGCAGGCUAACAGCACGUACGCUCUCUCAUUUCAAAACGUGUGCAAGGACAUUGACAAGUCUCACCAGAAACUGAAACGUGCCCUGAAGAUCUGUGCUGCUUUUCGAGGAACUUACCUUGAUGUGAAAGCCAAAGCUGAUGAGAUAAACAGCAAGAAGGUCGAAGAAAACAUCCAGCACAUAUCUAGGAAACCUUCCGAUUCCCUGUGGAGUGCCAAGCUUUAUGGACCACUGUCUGCAAAGUUCACGUCUCGGGGAUGGGAAUUUCCUGGUCGAGGGAAGGGUGACGGGGUUGAUGAGUGGGUUGACUGUCCAUGGCCUCCGCACGGCGCAAAGUGCUUCCAGAGAAUGAACUUGUUUAUGGAGAGGUGCAAUGAUGUCUUGGAGCUUGUGGAGACUAUCAGACAUUUCCAGCUGCUGGAGACUGCUUCAGAGAUUGGUGGAGCUGGAACUGCGAGUUUGGAUGCCAUGGUGCGCGAGAUACAGGACACCUACAAGAGAACCAUACACACCUUCACCAGCCAGAAUUCAAACAUCCUGUCUGCUGAUAAGAACCAGUCUUUUGAGAAAGCUUUCUUCAACUUCAGAACGACAAUGAAGGAACUGGAGUUUCAGAUUGCCGAAGUGCUAAGGAGCAGCUUUCAACAGUGUCCCACAAUCAACUCUCAGCUUAGACUACUGCAGGUGUUUGAAGGCAUGUGCAGCAGAGAACUUGUUCAGGAACAUUUAAAGGACAAGUAUGAGCAACUCCUGUCCAUGUUUAUUGAGGAGCUGACCCAGGAGCCAAUGGUGAAAUUAAAGGAAAUCACCCCACAUUCUCUGAAAGGAGAUCUAGGCUGGAAACUCAGGCACUUGUACACCGAAGUUAUGGACGAACUUAAAAGCUGUGAGAAAGAAACGAUUGACUCUUGGCUGAAGAAUUCUCAAGUGGACCUCAGCAAUGCCUUAAAGAGGCCUUUAUUGGUUGCUUCCAACGUGUAUGGUGAACUGGAGGAUCAGCUCCAGGCUGUGGAGUUGAAUCUGGAUCCAGACCUUCUCCUGUUACUGCGAGAAGCUUCGUACCUUCGGAAGGCACCGUUCAACUUCAGUUUACUUGAACCUGUAGAGACCCUUCUAAAGAACGUGGACGUGAACAGACUCAAGUCUCAAGCUGUCCGGCUGGAGGCAGUGGUGUGCAAGUACAACGAGGUCACGAGAACCAUCAACGAUUAUGAGAGGAGACUGCUGGAAAGGAAAUUAUCUGCAGCGGAAGAGCUGCUGCAGAGUGGAUUGACCGUGCACACAUGGAGCAUGGAAGAGAGUGUGGAUUUUAUUGAGCUGGCUACCUCCCUGGUAUGCUCUGACCUCUACAUGACCUUCAGCUCACUGAGGAGCAACUGCAGGGAAAUCUUAGACCGGUCCAGUGCCUGGUCCAAUGGAAACCUUGAUAUAUUCUCCAGCAGGGACACCCAGAGGACUUACUCCAUGGAGGAAUUAAUUCAAGAGCAAGAGACCCUGGAGCACAGCCUGGAACGACAGAUUUUUACAGACGGGCAGAGAAUUCACAACCUGAUCAAAGAGUCCUUUGUCGCCGUGGGCGUCAGCGAGGCCUCGCCCGCCUGGCAAGAGUACGUGGAGCACAUCGACAUCCUGGUCCUACAGGGACUGAAGGAGGUCACCUUCAGCAGCCUGGCUUCCAUGCUGAGCACACUCCUGGAGGGGCAGGAGGCUCCGAUCCUUCGUAUCCGCGUGGAGCUGGUGGGCAGUGCUGUGGAGUUCUGUCCUCCACUGGACGAGAGCGCUGUGCAGAGCAGCGUGCUGGAACACACCCGCGACUGGCUUAAGAGCUUUCUCCUUAGAGGCUCCCUGGUGACCAUGCUGUGCUUCAGUGCCCAGGGAGGCUACCAUGACUACAUAGCAGCUGACAAAGAGGUCAUUCAGUUGGUUGGUCACAUUUUGGAACAAGUGCAGGACAGCGCUGACAAAUGCCAGGACACGUUGGGAGUUUUAAAUCAAUAUGCCUAUCUCUGGAAGAAAGAUGUCAAUGCCACCUUUCAAGACUUUAUACAUGGAGUCGGCAGAGUAAAGUCUGCUAAUCAGAGUUGGUUUUCCGGGGCAGACUUCCUUAUGGAUUUAAUAGAUACCUUGAGUGACCGAUCUCAGAGCAGACAAAGCAGCAAUUUGAGAUCCCAGAGCACUCUGCUGAUUGAAGCUGAACGAGCCUUUAUUCAGCCCGAGGAUGCAAAGGAGACCAUUUCCGUUCCAUUGCUGGAGGAUUUUGAUGCAGAGAUCUCUAUCUACAGGAACGACAGGGACACCAUCUUGACUUUCCAGGACUCCAUGGUUCUAGGCUGGAUUCAGGUGGACUUCCAGCCCAUCAAGCAGGUUCUGGCUGCCUACGCAUUCAAGUGGAUGUGGACCUUUGCAAAAUACCUAACAGACAAGGUGACUGCUACGUUGAAGAAGCUGGAUGCGUUUUUAAAAAGAACCGAACCUCAAAUAGAGAUCAUCACUGGGGAGGAAAGAGACACGGUAUUCUUUAUGACAAUGAUACAGCUGUUCAAUGAGGUAUCCACAAAGCAAACAGAAAUGGAGGGGCAGUUCAUUGUUAUGCAGAAAGCUCUCAAGCUGUUGGAAAAAUAUGAGAUGAAGCUGCCAGCCGAGAGCGAGAGGCUGUUCAAAGCAACUCCGGGGCGCUGGAACAUCCUGAGAACCAAGGUGUCCCUGGCCAAGCAGAGGCUCAGCCCCAAGAUCCGGCAGGAAUCUGAGAGCAUCACCAAGGAUCUUUCCCAGUUUGGUGAAAGACUUCACCAGCUAAGAGAAGCUAUUGAUGAGUCGGACAUCUACACGAGAGCCUGCUCGAUAGAACAAGCUUACUGCGCAAUCAAGACGUUCAGCAAACAAGUGAAAAGUCUACAGAGGGAAGCUAAGGACCUUAAGGAACUGCAGGAGCUACUAGAGGCUACUGUGGUGGACUUCUCUGUUUUAAAUGAAUGCCAUCACACAGUGAGGAACCUCACCCUGUUGUGGCAGAAGGUGGAGGUGAUUCAGAAACAGCAAACCCAAUGGAAGACACAGCCCUGGCAAGACAUGGACACAGUCCAGCUUAUUAACAACACGAACGAGCAGCUGCAGAUAGUUCAAUCACUUCCACGCGAGGUGCGUGGCUGGGACAUCUAUGCUGGCAUCUUGGAAUCUGUGAAUGUCAUACAGUUGACUUUACCACUAAUUGAGGACCUUCUCAAUCCGGCGAUGAGAACAAGACAUUGGAAACAACUUGUGCGACUCACAGGGGGACAGCUUUACAUCACUCCAGAGAACAUAAGAAGAAUGACUCUUGCAGAUCUGAUCACUUUGGGAUUGCAGAGACAUGCAGAUAAUGUGAAGACCAUAGUUGAUCGGGCAGUUAAAGAUGUGACAAUCGAAAGUGGUCUGAAGACUUGUGAAGAAGUGUGGCUCAGCAGAAUAUUUGACAUGCACCCUCAUUGCAGAGUAACGUCUGCUACAGGGCGGGAAGAAGUUGGCCCCACCAUGCUGCUAAACCAUCCAGAAGUUAUCUUUGAGGAGCUUGAGCAUCAUCAGAUGACCCUGGAGACCAUGAAGAACAACAGCGAAGCUGGCUCGUUCCUCGACGAAGUGACAAAAUGGCAGAAGAAGUUACAGGUCAUCGAAUCUGUUGUUCGCUUGUGGUCACAAGUCCAGGAGAAGUGGGUCCAACUGGAAGAGGUGUUUUGGACUGAUGAUGUAUGUCGAGAUUUACCAAAAGAAGCUGCAACGUUUGCUGCGGUGCACCAAGAUCUACGUGCUGUAAUGAAAGCUACUGAACAAAAUCCAAAUGUUCUGCAGACCUGCACAAAACAAGGCUUACAGGACAUGCUUGGUGAAAUGAACGAGAAAUUAGAAAAAUGCCAAAAUGCUUUGCUUCAUAACCUGGAACAAAGGCGCAUUGCUUUCCCAAGAUUCUUCUUUCUGCCUUUACAAGAUACUUUAAAAAUUGUAUUCUACGCUCACAAUCCAGACGUACUAAACCGAUACCUGUAUAAAGUGUUUGAGCACAUGGAAAGCCUGAUAUUUGAGACAAAUAAUGAGAUUAACAAGGAUGGAAGCCAGAUAAUAAUAGCGGUUCAAAGCUUUCAAGGAGAACAACUGUAUCUUCCAGAGCCUCUGGAGUGCAAGGGUCCUAUUGAGAACUGGCUUGAGCUGCUGGUGAGAAGGAUCAGAACAGCUUUGCAGCACCACCUCCAUGCCGCCCUGGGACACGAGCUGCUGCCACAGAGACAAAUCCACAGCGCUGGAGCGAGGCGGGUGUCAGUUAGCAAGCCUGCUUCAAAGCAACGGCAGGGAGGCAAGAGGGACAUUCUUCCAGGACUUGGCAGCUCCUCACUCCGGACUCUGGAGAGGAAGGAAAGUGGUUCUCUUGUAGUCCAGCAGCAGGAUGUGUCGAGCAGUAAAUCACAGCGAGAGACCUGGAUACUGGCCACCCUCAGUUAA